AAGCUGGGUUGAAUUAUUUAGGAUUUUUCCGCGAGAUUCGAUUUUCUUGAAAAGCGCCGCUUCACGUGACGCGCACAACCAAUCAACAGGUAGGAGGAACCGAACACGCGCUUGAAAAGCAUUUUACAGCUGUUCCUUCUCCACAAUCCUACAUAAACAAAACACAGAGCCACAUGUCACAGUCAUCUGCAGCUCAUGAGCUUCAUGAUUAAGGGUCAAUGAGGGGAAUGCUGGUUUUCAUAUUUCAGGCUGUGCUAUGGCCUGCCAUCCCAGUUUCAGCCCUGUUUACAGUGAAUGUACAGAAGAGCGCUUACGAGGCAGAGCUACACAGCGACGUGAAACUAGUGUGCGUGUUCUCCACGGUUAAAAGACCUUCAGACCUCACCGUCAUAUGGAGCCGCGUCAAUCCGAAGCCGGACGUGGACGUGUAUCGGCUCGAGAAAGGCAAAGAAAACCACAAUUACACCAGUGCCCUGUUCAUAAAACGGGCGCAGCUCAUCCAACAACAACUGAAUGAAAACAAAGCGGUAUUACACUUGAAAAAUCUCCGGAUAAAAGAUUCGGGAACGUACCGGUGUAUCGUGAGAGAGGGAGACGAGGGAGACUACAAGCAAGUCACGCUCAACGUUACAGCUCCUUAUACUCCAAUAAAGAAAAGCAUCAGGAAAACGGGUCAGGAUGAAGUGGAGCUCUCCUGUGAGUCUCAGGGAUUCCCGUCACCUCAGGUUAUCUGGAGCAACGGUCAAAACGUGAACCUCACAGAGAAAUCCAACAGCUCUGCGCACAAUACAGAUGAAGAUCUCAUCAAAGUCAUCAGCAGUCUGACGGUGAAACGAGAUCUUGUGAACAACUACACCUGUUCUUUUCUCACAAAGGUUGGAAUCAAGCAGAAGGCCACCUUCAGCAUCCCAGAUGAAAUCCUUCAUGACUGUUCUGCUCAGUACGUGUGGAUUGUAGCUGUGGUCAUCGUGCUUUUAGCCAUUGCCUUCAUCUACGUCUUUCUGCGGAGGAGAAAAAAUGGUCAGAAAAGUAGACGAAAUGAAUCAUCUAAAUGCGCUUUCCUGUUCCCGAACUUGCCUUCUGCGAACUCUGAUUCUUUACUGACAGUGAACGAGAACAGGCCACAAACAUGUGACAUAACCUCAGAAGAACUUGCAGAAAAACCUCCAUCUCUGAGGGACGUACUAACACAACAGUAUUUACAGCUUGACACAGAUGUGGAGGUGAAAAGGAAACUUGAGUCAUAUGCACUUCACAGCAAAGAAGGCCAAUCGCUAAACAUCAGCUCCAUCCUGCCUGAUAAGAAGCAAACUAUCCUUCUGCUUGGAGAACCAGGCAGCGGGAAAACCACCGUGGCCCAAAUCCUGUCAUCCUGCUGGGCUCGGAGAAUCACGGCAGAUGCCUUCAACAUUCACCGACUCCAUCUGGUCGUGUUGGUGGACUGCAGCAGAGCGGAAGGAGACUUUUUCCAGGUGGUAAAGUCCAGCUUUAAUUAUGAAAAACCAUUAGACGUGUCUGACCUCAAAGAGAUGCUUCUGGGGCCGACGGAUUGUUUGCUCAUCCUGGACGGCUAUCAAGAGGGAAAUAAGGUCUUGGAUGAAACUCUCGAGGGGUUUCUAACAGAGCGGCAAACGUGCAGGGUGUUAGUUACGUCACAUCCAGGACAAUGUCCAGCCUUGGAGAAAACCAUCAGGACAGUAUUGCAACUCAUUCAGAGACCGGAAGAGUCUGGAUCAUGAUGAAAUCGGAGACAUUUCAUUCUUGUAUAGACAAUUACAGCAUUGUGCAAGUGUCUGAGUCCCAGAUAAUGCCUUUCACUUCUCUGGAAUUUUUUUUUUCCGACUUUUGGUAAAGACUCUGGCUGGAGAUCAAACCAUUUCGCAAUACUUGAAUUCAGUUGUAUUUUUCAAAGACCAAGUACCAGAAAGGAGAAAUGAGAUCAUGAUAAUAAAACAUUACACUGUUAAAAGUGGUAACCUA